CCCACCCACCCAGUCCCCCUGCCCUUGCGGUGGCCUUGCGGUGACACCACCGGACCGGAGUCGCCAUGGUGGUCUCACAGCCGGACGUGGAGCUGGAAGCGGCGGAGGUGGAGAAUCGCACGGAGGAUCAGAUCCACGAGAAUCACACGGAAGAGGACCCAGACUCGCCGGAGAAAGACUCGCCGGAGAACAGCACGGAGAAGGAGGAGACUGACAGAACUACAACCAAGACCACGACCAAAACCAUUACCAAGACUACCCAGACCACUGAGACCACUACCACUGCUCAUGAUGCUUCUGAGAGCACAGCUGACACUACCAGCACCAGCUCUGAGAGCACAGCUAGCACGACCACCAGCACUUCUACAAAGCCACCAGGAGACUUGAAGAUGCUGGUGAUCACCGAUCUACAUUUUCAUCCCAGAUACAAAAGGACUUUGGGCCCGAAAUGCAGGUGCAGAACAAUCAGUCCAGAGUCCAGGUCGUGCCAAGUGCCAGCGGCACCUUAUGGCCAGCAUGGAUGCAAUUCGCCCAAGAGGUUGAUCGACCUAUCUUUGGAAGCGGCGAAAGCGCAGGAGCCGGAGCUGUGGCUGGUGCUGGGAGAUCUGGUGGACCACCAUGUGGGCCAAAGCCCUUCGAAGUUUAAGGCUCCGUUGUACAGCAAGGAAAAGGAGAAUGAAUGGGGUCAUCGCAUCUUCAAGAAGACGCUGAGCUGGAUCUCUGCUGCCAGUGGACGGCGAUGUCUGGUGGCCGUAGGGAACAAUGACAUUUUUCCCGGCUACACCGUGGACUUCGAGCAAGAAGGCUUCUAUGAAGCCGUGGCCCAGGAGGUCCGGAGGAGUUGCGACCUUUCAGAGAAUGCCUUCAGUACUCUGAGGAGGUUUGGCUUUUACUGGGAGGAGAUUGGAGAGAAGAUGGUGCUGCUGGUGCUGAACACCGUGAUCUAUGCGACCAAGCUGGCCAACAGGCACAACAGCACCGCACAGGACCCCUUUGGGCAACUGGCUUGGCUGAAGCGGCGAUUGCAAGCGGCCCAAGUCCAGGGCUACAAGGUUUACAUUGCCGGGCACAUCCCGCCGGUGGCGUCCUCCUUUCAGCCUUAUGACUUGUGGCAGAGGACCUUUGCUGUCCGCUACUGGAACCUCUUGGCCAAGUACGGAGAGGUCGUGGCUGGACAGUUCUUCUCUCAUCAGCAUCGCGACGAGUUCCGGGUCGCCCUGGAGCCACGAGGAGACACGCCGCCACCGAUGCAGCUCUUCGCUUCCGUCAGCCCGGUCUUCGGGAACAACCCGUCGUUUUACGCCGUGGAGAUCCGUGAGCGACGCCUCCACGAGUACCGGUGCUUUUGGGCCAACUUGUCCGAGGAGGAGCCAAAGUUUGCUUUGGAAUACGAAGCUAGCUCCUUGGUGGACAAUUUCACCAAUGUGGCGUAUCGUGAUUUGGCCCUGAACACCACUCCCGCGGGCCAAGACCGCUACAAUCAUUACUAUUCCUACAUGGCUGUCGGGGCGCGUGGCACCCAGAACUGCGACCAUGAAAACACCUUUUGGGUGAAUCCGGUGACUUGUGGCACAUGCAUCGAUGGAUGCCAACAGCAGGCAGGAGCUCAUUGAGUCCCCUUGAGCCAUGCCUUCGGUUCCGCCUUCGGUGAAAGGCCGACGCAACGGACGAAUAGAACCAUGACGAGGGCCAUCGACCAUCCCAAAUGGGAAGGCUUUCGACCCAUGAAGAGAUGUCUACGUAUCCCCUGGGAGUCGGUCAGACUAUAAAAGGAACGGUCAGGCGAUGACGAACGGGGACCUGAGUUCGGGAACUUCCUGGAUCCUUCAGCCGGUCAACGUAUCGUCGAACUGGACUUCUAGGGUAUAUCCAGAAGUGAAUACAUCAUGAAGUGCAGUCAUUUGAUGGAGUCCUCGGUCCAAAGUGCAGGAUCUUGACACGUGAGGCGACGUGAGGAGUCGAUCUCUUUCUGCUCCAGGUCACCUGCAUGUUGCUCUAUGGCAUUUCCGUCGCUUGAACGGUUCCGCGAUGGGCGAAGAGAGUGUCCAAACAGGCCGGAGCCAAAAAGUUUCUCCGGUAGAAAUAUGUAGCCGUAGAGUUCAUGAUCAACCACUUGGGCGCGUAGAAGGGGGGUCGUCCUUGAAGUAGGAUUUUAGAUGAAGAACACCUCC